GAACUUUCAAUCUUGGCGAAGUUUGUUUUUUGGUUGUCAUUUCUUUUCGCCUUCACCAGAUGCCCCUCCUUUGGGAUGUAAGGAUUCUAUUAGCGUCAUUGUCGAUUAAAUUGGGUGUUCCUGGAGUUGUGCAGUGUCUCCAUAAUUUUUGUUGCUUUGUGUUUUGCCCCACAUCAUCACCAUGUACCUUAACGGUUGUCUGACUUGUCCUCCCAUGAUGCCUCUGGAAUUCGCGGUGAACUACUGGACGUCGUACAGCGCCUACCACGAGGCUGCUUACGCUGCCCUAAUGCACGGCAAAUGUAACAUGGGGCGACAAGAUCCCCGACCCUAUCGACCCACUCUGUCCCAUGGGGACAAGAACUGUGACUCUCCUCAAUUGACAGACCCAGAAACGCCAAGAAAAACUGAAUCUACAUCUCGCCCCAAACCCUUGCCAACUCAUCCGGAGUCGUCGUUUGUGGGCCGUGUGAGCCCCUUGGGACGUCUGAAGCGUCUUAGCUCUGAGGGUGUCACCGAUGUGGUCACUGGAAUUGCCAGUUCUAACGGUGUUCUGGAUUUCUCUAAAAAGAGCAAGCCUCAAGAAUCUGGCACUAGUGAGCUCAAGUUUGGUAUCAGUCGUAUUCUGUCUGAUAAAGUCGGAAGCAAGGAGAAUGAAAAUGCUUCAGGUAAAACCUCUGAUCGCUCCAGCCGUGGCGAGCAUUUCGUCCCUACGUCGUGCCCGUGUACGUCCUCUUCAUGUCCAUACGUCGUUUGUCGGCGUGUUUCAGGACUCACUUCGUCACUUUCCGCUGUCCACGCUCUCCGUCCGCCUCAGUACCCAGUUACCUCCGGCACAGACGCUUUGCCAGGUCCGUACUCGGUGCUGAACACGGAUUCCAGCUGCCCAAGUCACCCUAAGCGUAAGCGCUCCUGGUCACGUGCCGUUUUCUCACAACUACAGAGAAAAGGUCUGGAGAAGAGAUUUGAGGUACAAAAGUAUGUGACCAAGCCGGACCGGCGUCAGCUGGCCGCCAUGUUAGGACUGACAGACGCUCAGGUGAAAGUGUGGUUUCAGAACAGACGAAUGAAAUGGCGGCAUGCUGAAAAGUCAGCCCAACAAACUACACGUAAAGAUGACACGGAGAAAUUAGAGGAAGUUUCUGAGCCACAUAUUCAAGAUGAUUCCCUCUCUAAAUCAGAUAACAGUUCGCCAUGCCUGGAUAUUCUGACAUCCGAUGAUGAAGGGUCGUGUACAGAGCAAAUCGAGAACUCCUCAGCACCGCUACUUCAGCCUGUGUCACAAGAAAACGAGUCCUCUCCAAGUCCCCCGUAAAUCUGGUGCGUAGGUGGCAUAAAGAACAGACGUGUAGAUGACACCGGGAACAACCGGCAUAAACAAGAGACGUGAUUUACCUGUCGGCAAGCAUCACUUUCGCUUGAGAACAUGUUGUUUUCAAAGUGCGGUCCACUUAAUUCCUGGGACUGAUAAGGGCUUCGGUUAUAUUGUGCACAAGGCUCAGUGUACUAAGGCGAUUGGACAGGCGACAUAUUGUUUUAAUCCGACGAGGUGGCGCUAGUGUGAAGCAUAACCUUCGGCCAUUGUUUUUUUUUUUUAAUGGGUUGUAGCGUAACGUCUACACUUUUACAGUGUGUCAGAUUUUAUUAUAACGUCAUGCUGUUUUUAACGUGACAUCACCAUGAUGAGCCGGAAAAGGAAAAUGUGACACCAGUAAAAUGAGGUGAAGGUCCUGCUGCCUGGUGUUUGACAGGCCCCCAUAACCUUCAGUCAGGUCACCCUCCCAUUUAAGAGAUGCGUGUGUAGGCGCAAUUAACCACUAAUUAGGUUGCAUCUAAGCUAGUUGACGACCUACCUUCAAGAAAGAUUUUAAUUUUGUAAAUUAAUUUGUUAAGCCCAGAAUAAACGUUAUCAAACUUUUUAAGCCGAGCGGAGGAAUUUUAAUAAUCCCGUAAUAAAAUGCAUUUAUAUUGUAAGCCUACAUGUGCAACAGUUUCAGCGGACGUUGAAAUAUGGAUACUCUUACAUCGACUGCAUGUAAGAUCUCUGGACAUUUCUGUUUCUCUCAACGGCUCAUGUCGUGUUUUAUCCGUUCGUUUACGCUGAAAAUAUUUCUCUUACCUGACAUAACCUACAUACUGCAUAUUCCAAGAGACGAGGCCCCACUUAUAGUAGUUCCACGCCUCCAAGCCGCGUAUGUCAAAAUUGGUGUCGUGUGACAAGGGAGGUAAUUC